AUGGUGUUACUUGGUGUAGAAGUGCCAUUACGAACAAAGCGAACAAAAAAGCCCACUACAAUCGCCGGCAUUGCUAGCCAACGAUUUGCAGAACUACGUAGACGAGAAGAUGAAGCAUCCCGAAAAGCCCUUUUGGCUUUGAGUAAUCCACCCCGCGAUUCAACUCCUGGACACCCCAACAGGGACAGCUUUGACUUACCUGACAAACAUGAUAUUGAUAGAUACAACAACCUUAUGAGGGCUGAUGGCAGUGAUCCAGCUGCGUCUGGCGAUGGGGAAGCGGCCCCUCAACCAAAGGAUCGGACUCAAUACUACCAAAGUGUUACGUAUCAGGAACGUACACUCAGAGAAGAAGCUCAUUGGCAAGCCGUUCUACCAAAGGUAUUCAUCGCUUACAUGCCAUGUAGCCGUUCAACUUACCAAUGGUGUGAUAAGGAGCUAUGGAACAGUAACUUUAACACACCCUGUAACUGCAAGGAAUGGCAAAAAAGAACAGUAGUAGUUGAUACAAUUGACUUGGAAGGGACGGCUGUGUCGCUUCGCUUGCUCAGGUUCCACCAUACAUUGUGGAAGCAUUCGAGUGUGCGAUUAGCAGCAUUUGUUGAAGCAAUCAACGAAUAUCUCGAUUGUCGAAGCCCCCUUUUGGUAAUCCCAGGAACUAAUCAGCCACGAGAUCUGCGCCGCUGCUUUUCGGCAGCGGUUGAUGCAUACAGAGAGAUGCUACAAAUGGAAGAUGAGAUGGGCUCAUUGGCCUUGCGCAUGAAUCCUCUGGAUGCUCUCGCCGCUACGUGUCCUUCAUGUUUCGGUCCAAAUGUAACCGGAAAGCGAAGGGAAGAGCCUGAUCACAUUAUUUGCCUUGAUGCAAACUUUCAACAAAGAAGACACCUAGCAGCGAGUGCUGCUUGGCGCGGCGAUUCAGGUAUCUUACCCUCACUUUUCAUCUCACCCGCAACAGUGAUGAUGUGGAAAACGAAGAUGGGGCCAACUGCUAGGAAGACCAGCACUGGUCAACCCAAAGACGAUGUUGUGGUGAGUGUUCACGUGAUAUGGAGAUUGAUUGAAUCGUGA